AUGUCCGCCCCGACAGCCCAAGACUCGACGCCGAGCGUAAUCACGCCAACAUACUACGGCGCCGGCGACCUCGAGAAGGCGGCCCGCAUCCAGCGCGUCAUCACGCCCGGCGGCCAUCCCGCAGACUUCAGCCAGCCCGGUAUCCCGCAGCAGCACCGGCGCGUCGGCAACCCCAUGCCUGCUGGCCUCUUGUCCUUCGCGUCCCUCUUCCUCCUGUUCGGGCUGUACGGCCUCGGCGCGCACCAUGUCCGCCAUCCGAACGUCGUGGUGCCCUUGCUCGUGUUCUAUGGCGGCGUGUGCCAGAACCUCAUUGGGUGGUUUGAGAUGUUUAUCGGUAACACGUUUAGUGCGACCAUCUUCCUAACCUUCGGCUCCUUCGCCCUCUCCUACGCCUGCUGCCUCAUCCCCACCUUUGGCGUGAUCGCAGCCUUCACCGACCCGGCGACGGGCAAGCCGACCGAGGAGCUCGAGUACGCGAUCGGUAUCUUCCUCAUCGUGUGGGCGUGCAUCAUGGUGCUGUUUAUUCUCGCGGCGUUGCGGUCGUCUGUGGCUAUUGUGUCUUGCUUGUCCGCCGCCUUCUUCGCCUUCCUCCUCAUCGGCUGCGGCGACCUCACGGCCAACAAGCACGUCUCCAAGGCCGGCUACGGCUUCUGCUUUGUCGCCGCCGCAUGCGGCAUCUGGGCCGCCAUGGCGGGCUACUGGACGCCCGACACGACGCUCUCGUGGAUCCGCGUCAGCCCGAUCCCGCUGUCCAAGGAUGAGUAG